AUGUCCGGUUAUCCCGCAGCAGCAGGAGGGGGCCACUACGAGGAGGGCUACGGCCACCAGCAAGAGCAUGGUGACUCGUACUACCAAGACGAGCAUGGCCAGGCUUAUUAUGAUCAUGAAAAUUAUGGUGAUAGUUACUAUGACAGAGGCAAUCAUUACAACGCCGAGGGAGGCCAAGGGUAUCAACAAGAAGGCGGUUACUAUGAUGGUGGCCACCAAGACGAGUACUACGGCGACCAAUACUAUGACCAGGGCAACCAUGGCGGCAAUGGCAGACGCCGCGGCGAGUCCGAAGAGGAUUCCGAAACAUUCAGCGACUUCACCAUGAGAUCCGAGACUGCUCGAGCGGCCGACAUGGAUUACUACGGCCGCGGCGAUGAGCGUUACAAUAGUUACGCCGACAGCCAGUAUGGUGGUCGUGGUGGAUAUGGCGGCGGUUACCGGCCACCUUCCUCCCAAGUCUCCUAUGGUGCCAACCGUUCUUCCGGGGCCUCCACCCCCGUGUACGGCAUGGACUACGGUGGUGCUCUACCUGCUGGUCAGCGCUCGCGGGAGCCCUUCCCCGCUUGGGCCUCGGACGGUCAGGUGCCUGUUUCCAAGGAAGAAAUCGAGGAUAUCUUCAUCGACCUGGUCAACAAAUUCGGCUUCCAGCGGGACAGCAUGCGCAAUAUGUACGACCACUUGAUGACACAGCUGGAUUCCAGAGCUUCUCGUAUGACCCCUAACCAGGCUCUCUUGUCGCUCCACGCCGACUACAUUGGUGGUGACAACGCGAACUACCGCCGGUGGUACUUUUCUGCUCAUUUGGAUCUGGAUGACGCCGUUGGUUUCGCGAACAUGAAGCUUGGAAAGGCCGAUCGUAAGACGAGAAAAGCUCGCGCCGCGGCCAAAAAGGCUGCCCAGCAAAAUCCCGAGAAUGUUGAAGAGAACCUCGAGGCUUUGGAGGGAGACAACAGUCUGGAAGCUGCCGAAUAUCGGUGGAAGACCCGGAUGAACCGCAUGUCUCAGCAUGAUAGAGUACGCCAGAUUGCCCUUUAUCUGCUGUGCUGGGGUGAGGCCAACCAGGUCCGUUACUUGCCGGAAUGCCUCUGCUUCAUCUUCAAGUGCGCCGAUGACUACUACAGCUCUCCCGAGUGUCAGAACCGGGUUGAGCCAGUGGAAGAGCUCACAUAUCUGAAUGAAAUCAUCACCCCCUUGUACCAGUUCUGCCGUGAUCAAGGUUACGAGAUCUCAGAUGGCAAGUAUGUUCGUCGCGAGCGUGAUCACGACAAGAUCAUCGGUUAUGAUGAUAUGAACCAGCUUUUCUGGUACCCCGAGGGCAUUGAGCGCAUUUCGUUCGAGGAUAAGACCCGCCUGGUGGAUGUCCCGCCCGCGGAGAGAUGGACAAAGCUGAAGGAUGUGGACUGGAAGAAGGCCUUCUUCAAGACCUACCGCGAGACACGUUCCUGGUUCCAUCUGGUGACCAACUUCAACCGUAUUUGGGUCAUCCAUCUUGGUGCUUUCUGGUUCUUCACUGCUUACAACGCCCCGACGCUUUACACCACCGACUAUCAACAGCAGUUGGACAACAAACCGCCAGGCUCUUAUUACUGGUCUGCUGUUGGUUUCGGAGGUGCUCUGGUUUCCUUCAUUCAGAUCAUGGCUACCAUUUGUGAAUGGAUGUAUGUCCCUCGCCGAUGGGCUGGCGCGCAGCAUCUCACUAAGCGGCUGUUCUUCCUCUUGGCCGUUUUCAUCGUCAAUCUUGCUCCUGGUGUUGUUGUCUUCGGAUUCAAGAAAACCAUCGGCGAGACGAUUGCUCUCGUCAUCGGUAUCGUCCACUUCUUCAUCGCCUUGGCUACGUUCUUCUUCUUCUCUGUCAUGCCGCUUGGUGGUCUCUUUGGCAGUUAUAUGAAGAAGCACGGACGUCAAUACGUUGCCAGUCAGACGUUCACGGCUAGCUUCCCUCGCCUCACCGGUAACGACAUGUGGAUGUCUUACGGUCUCUGGAUUUGUGUCUUUGGUGCCAAGCUGGUUGAGUCCUACUUCUUCCUGACCUUGUCCCUGAAAGAUCCUAUCCGUAUCCUGUCGCCCAUGCGCAUUCACCAGUGUGCGGGUGUCACUUAUAUCCCCAACGUGCUCUGCCACCGUCAGCCUCAGAUUCUCCUGGGUCUGAUGUUCUUCAUGGACUUGACGCUCUUCUUCCUCGACAGUUACUUGUGGUACGUUAUCUGUAACACGAUCUUCUCCGUCGCUAGGUCGUUCUACCUCGGUGUCUCGAUCUGGUCGCCCUGGAGAAAUGUCUUCUCUCGCCUGCCCAAGCGUAUCUACUCGAAGGUGCUCGCUACGACCGACAUGGAAAUCAAGUACAAGCCCAAGGUUCUCAUCUCACAGGUAUGGAACGCUAUCAUCAUUUCCAUGUAUAGAGAGCACCUUUUGGCCAUCGACCACGUCCAGAAGUUGCUCUACCACCAGGUUCCUUCCGAAGUCGAAGGCAAGCGGACUCUUCGUGCCCCUACCUUUUUCGUCUCGCAGGAAGAUCAGUCUUUCAAGACUGAGUUCUUCCCCGCUGGUAGCGAGGCCGAACGUCGUAUCUCCUUCUUCGCCCAAUCCUUGUCCACGCCUAUGCCCGAGCCGCUCCCGGUCGACAACAUGCCCACUUUUACCGUCCUCAUUCCUCACUACGGUGAAAAGAUUCUGCUGUCCCUGCGUGAGAUUAUUCGUGAGGAUGAGCCCUACUCCCGUGUUACUCUGCUGGAAUACCUUAAGCAACUUCACCCUCACGAGUGGGAUUGCUUCGUCAAGGACACCAAGAUCCUGGCGGACGAGACCUCGCAGUUCAACGGUGACCAGGAGAAGAGCGAAAAGGAUGCUCAGAAGAGUAAGAUUGAUGACCUGCCAUUCUACUGCGUUGGUUUCAAGUCCGCCGCUCCUGAGUACACUCUUCGCACUCGCAUCUGGUCUUCGCUACGCUCCCAAACGCUUUACAGAACUAUUUCCGGUUUCAUGAACUUCAGCCGCGCCAUCAAGCUCCUGUAUCGUGUCGAGAACCCCGAAGUCGUCCAGAUGUUUGGUGGUAACUCAGAGAAGCUUGAGCGUGAGCUUGAACGUAUGGCCCGCCGCAAGUUCAAGCUCUGCGUUUCCAUGCAACGCUAUGCCAAGUUCAACAAGGAAGAGCGCGAAAACACCGAGUUCCUUCUGCGUGCCUACCCAGACCUCCAGAUCGCUUAUCUUGAUGAGGAGGCCCCGGCCGAGGAGGGCGAGGAGCCCCGUCUGUACUCUGCUCUGAUUGACGGACACUGCGAGCUUCUCGACAAUGGAAUGCGCAAGCCCAAGUUCAGAAUCCAACUUUCUGGUAAUCCUAUUCUUGGUGACGGAAAGUCUGACAACCAGAACCACUCUAUCAUUUUCUACCGCGGUGAAUACAUCCAGGUCAUCGACGCCAACCAGGACAACUACCUGGAGGAGUGCUUGAAGAUCCGCAGUGUUCUGGCCGAAUUCGAGGAGCUGACCACUGACAAUGUUUCUCCUUAUACUCCUGGUGUGCCCUCCGCUACUACGACCCCGGUUGCUAUUCUCGGAGCCCGUGAAUACAUCUUUUCUGAGAAUAUUGGUCUGCUUGGUGACGUCGCUGCCAGUAAGGAACAGACAUUCGGUACUUUGUUCGCGCGUACUCUCGCCCAAAUUGGUGGAAAGCUGCACUACGGUCACCCUGAUUUUUUGAACGGUAUUUUCAUGACGACCCGUGGCGGUAUCUCGAAGGCUCAAAAGGGUCUGCACCUUAACGAGGACAUUUAUGCUGGUAUGACAGUUCUGCUCCGUGGUGGACGUAUCAAGCAUUGCGAGUACUUCCAGUGCGGUAAGGGUCGUGAUCUUGGUUUUGGCUCCAUUCUGAACUUCACCACCAAGAUUGGUACUGGUAUGGGUGAGCAGAUGCUGUCCAGAGAAUACUAUUAUCUUGGAACUCAGCUGCCUCUCGAUCGUUUCUUGUCUUUCUACUAUGCCCACCCUGGUUUCCACAUUAACAACAUGUUCAUUAUGCUGUCUGUGCAGAUGUUCAUGAUCGUUCUUGUCAACCUCGGUGCCUUGAGACAUGAGACCAUCACCUGCAAGUACAACUCCGACCUGCCGAUCACCGACCCUCUCCGUCCGACGUACUGUGCUGACCUGAAGCCUAUCGUGAACUGGGUCAACCGCUGUGUUAUCUCCAUCUUCAUUGUCUUCUUCAUCUCCUUCGUUCCCCUGGCUGUCCAAGAAUUGACUGAGAGAGGUGUGUGGCGCAUGGCGACUCGUCUUGCGAAGCACUUUGGUUCCUUCUCUUUCAUGUUCGAGGUGUUCGUCUGUCAGAUCUAUGCCAAUGCUGUUCACCAGAACUUGUCUUUCGGCGGUGCUCGUUACAUCGGUACUGGCCGUGGUUUCGCAACGGCUCGUAUUCCUUUCGGUGUCCUCUACUCGCGUUUCGCCGGUCCCUCCAUCUACGCUGGUUCUCGUCAGCUUCUGAUGCUGCUGUUCGCGACUUCAACUGUCUGGACUGCCGCUCUGAUCUGGUUCUGGGUUUCACUGCUGGCCCUGGUGAUCUCUCCAUUCUUGUUCAACCCUCACCAGUUCGCUUGGCACGAUUUCUUCAUCGAUUACCGUGAUUACAUCCGCUGGCUGUCCCGUGGUAACUCCCGCUCACACGCCUCUUCCUGGAUUGCCUUCUGUCGCUUGUCUCGUACCCGCAUUACUGGUUACAAGCGCAAGCUUCUUGGUGUUCCUUCGGAGAAGGGAUCCGGCGAUGUUCCCCGAGCUCGCAUCUCGAACAUCUUCUUCAGUGAAAUCAUCGCCCCUCUCGUGGUCGUUGGUGUUACCCUCGUGCCAUACCUGUACAUCAACUCGAGAACCGGUAUCUCGAACGACAACAAGCAUGCUUCCAACGCGAUCGUCCGUAUCGCCAUCGUUGCCUUCGGUCCGAUUGCCAUCAACGCCGGUGUUGCGGGUAUGUUCUUCGGUUUGGCUUGUUGUAUGGGUCCCAUCUUCAGCAUGUGCUGCAAGAAGUUCGGUGCUGUCUUGGCUGCCAUUGCUCACGCCAUUGCCGUGAUUGUCCUUCUGGCUAUUUUUGAGGUCAUGUUCUUCCUCGAGUCUUGGUCUUGGCCCAGAUGUGUGAUGGGCAUGAUUGCCAUGGCUGCCAUCCAACGGUUCAUCUACAAGCUCAUCAUCUCGCUUGCUCUCACCAGAGAGUUCAAGAAUGACCAGUCCAACAUCGCCUGGUGGACGGGUAAGUGGUAUAGCAUGGGCUGGCAUACUCUUUCCCAGCCUGGCCGUGAGUUCCUGUGUAAGAUAACGGAAUUGGGCUACUUCUCCGCCGACUUCGUAUUGGGCCAUAUUCUCCUGUUUGUCAUGUUGCCUGCUCUUUGCAUCCCUUACGUUGACAAGUUCCACUCGGUCAUUCUUUUCUGGCUGCGCCCGAGUCGGCAGAUUCGUCCUCCCAUUUAUACCCUGAAGCAGUCCAAGCUUCGCAAGCGGAGAGUCAUUCGUUUUGCUAUCUUGUACUUCACGAUGCUGGUUAUCUUCCUUAUCCUUCUUAUCGCCCCUCUCGUGGCUCGCAACCAGAACAUCAACCUGGGUUCGAGUCUUCCCAUGAACAUCAUGCAGCCCCUCGACAAGGACAACAAUGACACGAUUGCCAGUUACACUGGUAGAGGUCUCCCCGUCGGGUUCUCCGGCUGGACUCCUACCAACCCGGCUGCCACCGCCACCUCCAGCUAG